UGGAUAAGCACAAAAAUACAGAGAGCAUGGUGGAGCUUCUGGACUUGUAUCAGAUGGAGGAUGAAGCCUACUGCAGCCUUGCAGAAGCCACAACUGAACUCUAUCAGUAUUUACUACAGCCAUUUCGAGACAUGAGAGAACUAGCCAUGCUACGAAGACAGCAGAUCAAGAUUUCCAUGGAGAAUGAUUAUCUGGGACCCAGAAGAAUUGAGAGUCUACAAAAAGAAGAUGCUGAUUGGCAGCGGAAAGCUCACAUGGCUGUACUGUCUAUUCAAGAUCUUACUGUCAAGUAUUUUGAAAUAACAGCUAAAGCUCAAAAAGCUGUGUAUGAUCGAAUGCGAGCAGAUCAGAAGAAAUUUGGUAAAGCAUCAUGGGCAGCAGCUGCUGAACGUAUGGAAAAACUCCAGUAUGCAGUUUCUAAGGAGACUUUGCAGAUGAUGCGAGCUAAAGAGAUCUGUUUGGAACAGAGAAAACAUGCAUUAAAAGAAGAGAUGCAGAGUUUGCAGGGUGGUACAGAAGCCAUAGCCCAACUGGAUCAGUUAGAAUCUGAUUAUUAUGAUCUGCAACUUCAGUUGUAUGAAGUACAGUUUGAAAUCUUGAAGUGUGAAGAGUUACUAUUGACAGCACAACUGGAAAGCAUCAAAAGACUUAUAUCAGAAAAGAGAGAUGAAGUGGUAUACUAUGACACUUAUGAAAGCAUGGAGGCCAUGCUGGAGAAGGAAGAGAUUGCAGCAUCUGUGCACUUACAGAGAGAAGAGCUGCAGAAACUUCAGCAGAAAGCACGCCAGCUGGAAGCAAGACGUGGACGGGUUUCAGCCAAGAAAGCCUACCUCAGAAAUAAAAAGGAAAUUUGCAUUGCAAAACACAAUGAAAAAUUCCAACAGCGCUUUCGGAGUGAAGAUGACUAUAGAACCCAUCACACAGUACAGCUGAAGAGAGAAAAAUUACAUGAUGAAGAAGAAAGAAAAAGUGCGUGGGUUAGCCAAGAGAGACAGAAAACGCUGGAUAGACUUCGAACAUUUAAACAGAGAUAUCCUGGGCAAGUCAUACUUAAAUCAACCAGAUUACGACUGGCUCAUGCAAGAAGAAAAAGUGCAGCAAGUCCUGUGUCCCUUGAGGUCCAGUGUGACUCUCUACCAGAAGUGUUGCAGAUAGAAGAGAAAACUGAAGAGAUGGGAGAAGGAAGAGGCAAGUUUGGGUCAUCACAGACAACAGAACCCCAGAGCCUUGCACAACUUGAAGAUACUUCAUUAGCACAACUUGAAGCCACUUCAUUACCUCUCAGUGGGGUUACCUCUGAACUGCCUCCCACUGUCUCUCUUCCACUUUUGAAUAAUAAUGAACUUGAACCAUGUUUUGUUAGCAUAGAUCCACUCCCACCACCUCUUUAUCCAUCACCACCUCCUCCCCCACCACCGCCCCCUCCCCCACCUCCACCACCUUUGCCUGUUGCUAAGGACAACACCCCAGAGACACUGGAGAAAGGUCUGCCCACCAAGGAGGGGAACGAGAAGAGGAUCCCUAAGUCUGCCAGUGCCCCCUCAGCACACCUGUUUGACAGCAGCCAGCUUGUCAGUGCCCGGAAGAAGCUCAGAAAGACUGCUGAAGGUUUGCAAAGGAGGAGAGUGAGCUCUCCCAUGGAUGAGGUGCUAGCUUCCUUGAAGCGUGGUAGUUUUCAUCUGAAAAAGGUUGAACAGCGAACUCUGCCUCCUUUUCCUGAUGAAGAUGAUAGCAAUAAUAUCUUGGCACAAAUAAGGAAAGGGGUAAAAUUGAAGAAGGUACAAAAGGAAGUUUUGAGAGAAUCCUUCACACUUCUGCCUGAUACAGACCCUCUAACACGGAGCAUACAUGAAGCUCUCAGAAGAAUUAAAGAAGCAUCCCCUGAAUCAGAAGACGAAGAGGAGGUUUUGCCUUGCACAGACUGGGAGAACUAAUAAGCAACUUAACAGAAAGAAGAAAAAUACCUACCGCUGAAGAUUGGUUCUGAUUCUUUUGGAAAACAACAGUUUAAGCACUUGGUUCCAGAAAUUGGAUUCCAUUAGAUCCAAAGUGUAUUGCCUCAUUGGUGUCGGGGGGAAAAAAAGGAAGUACAACUGGCAGAUUAUUGCUUUCCAGUCAUUCCAGUAGAUGGUGGUUAACAUAAGUUUAAGUCCAAUGUUUCUGACUGCAAUCGAGGAAAGGCCUUCUGGAGAUUCCGUUUUUUUAUGCAUCUCCCCCUCCUGUCCACCCAUUUACAUCCUUGUAGUGGCCAAUUAAGCUAGGGGUCAUGAUGAAUUGGAAUAACACUGGGUUGACAGAUCUACUGUGAGCUGUAUUGGGACUGCUUUGAGAUCCAUCUUUCAGUGCACUGAAAAAUCUGAAAAUACAGAGCUUCUUCUAUAUAAAUAGUGUGACACUGAAAAAAGUGUAUCAUCAUAAUAGCUAUACAUCAGGAAUUAAAAGAAAUCACAUGGAAAUGCACUUAAAAGUUCACAUCACUGAUCUCCAAAGGAAUUUUCAUAAAGAUGUUCAACAACAUCUGAAAAGAUACAUAGCGAUGGAGAUACACCUAUUUAAUGUGUUUACCACAACACGAUACAUUUAACAUGGCAUAUUUUUAGAAGGCCACACAAUCUUACACUUUGUAAGGUUUUGAAGUAAAAAAAUUUUACUUUUAAACAACUCUUCAUAUUCAGAAUUUAUAAUAGUUUGAAUUUUAUGUGCAACAUCGUUUAUGAGAAGCAAUACUUCGUAAUUUGAUAGUAUUUCAACUUAUUAGUCUUUUUUUCUUUGAACUAUUGCUUGAUUACUGUAACUCACAUGACUUUCCUAUUAAGAAUCAAAAAAAUCAAGAUUCAUUAAUAGGGAUGCAGAUCUUAACUCUUUUUAUCAUGCACCAUUUUAAGUUUUUAUGCUCCACGGUGAAAAGCAUGUUCUCUACAAAGAUGCAGAAACUAGACAAGCAGAAAAGUCUCCUUGCCUGGCAUUUCACUAUCUUCAUAUGCUUUGAAUGGGAUUUUAGGAGAGAACCUUUGUUAUUGUCACUAAGUUAUUAAACGUAUGUAUGUAGCUCUAGGUGCUGAUUUGUUGUAAUGGAGUCCUGAAGGAUACAUUUAUAUGAAUGGAGACAUUAUGGAUUUUCAGCAGGACUGUUGUGGGCUUGAAUGAAGGUAGAUAUAUGGGACCCAGUUUAUAGUACUCUGUAGAGUGUAAUUCUGCAUAAGAUAGGUCUUUGCCUUUAUAUGGAGGGAGCUAAGGACAGAAGUACCAAAAAGAACUUUUAUUUUUUAUAAGGCAGUUCUCUGGCCCAGACCCAGACCCAGACAGCAGUACUAGAGUAAAAGCCCUCCAAUGUAUAUGAAUUGGUGUUUCUGAAGAAGAAAAUGCUCACACCCUUGUCAUUUUAAAAUGAGAUUUUCUGGGCCAGCCUGUGGCUCACUU